CACCGCCUUUACUUUGGGGUUAGAUUGCGUUGAUGAAGGAGACACCAUCCUGCAUAAUAUUAACACACAGUCAUUCCACACAUCUGCGUACGGCACGUACGGUUCGUCGGCACGCAAGAUCACCAAGGAUUCCCCGUCAUUAGUGACAUCCUUCCGUAACUUGUGCGUGGUUUCAUCUCUCUGUACGACGACCGAAGUAUAUCUUGCAUCUGGGAAAAUAUGGUUGGUCGCUUGGAGAAUAAAGAGUGCAUCACAUGGCAACAAUCAGCUUAGUGUUAAAAAAUACUAACACCUACAACUCCUUGAUGAUGGUAUAGUUGCAGUGUGCACCUGUGUAACGGCUCAUUUGUUUUCAUCACACAUUGCUGGUCGAAGGUGGUCGAAGCAUAGCAAGUCAUCUCGAACUUGUGAUAGCGGUUGAAGCCUUUUCCAAGGCUCAACACACUGUCUCCUCAAUGACUAAUAACACAGCGAACCUAUCACUCGGGAAGCUAAGCUGACGAGUCUUCUUGUAAAAUUGAGAUUUUGUUUUGUUUUGGUAACUCCAAACUCCACCAACACCUGGGCGCCCCGCGAGUCGCAAUGCAGAUGGAUGCAGCCGGCAUCUUGCAGGCGGGUCUCGCCAUCAUCUUGCUCAGGCUGAUGUCAUGCGCUGAAACAAUGGAGUGCUUCUCCUGCCCAGCUACUUCCAGAAACGACGACGAAUGCAGACAGAACGGUUAUGUAGAUCAAUGCACCGUUGGAUACCACACGUGCUUCACACAAAUCAAAUACGAAGGUGGCAGCCACUACAGACCGAAAACAGUCACCAGGAGUUGCGUUGACGACACUUUUUGUUCGGAGGAGCAAAAAACUUACAACAAUGGCAAAUGCGACGUCAGUAACGAGGACUAUAUAUGCGUGUGGUGUUGCCACGAAAACAACUGCAACAUGCUGUCGUCUGCGCACAGACAAAACGCCAGCCCUCUUUUAUUAUUUGGCGGGGUUGUCAUGGUAACGUAUCUGUCGUCUGGUAUUCUUUGGCACUGGAUGCGUUGCGGAUAUGGAAGAUGUAAUUGGCGGUGACUUUUUAUGUGAAAUGAGAACUUUGGCAACUGUGCGAACAUCUUGCUAUGCUACCACAGGAAUACUUGACUGUCGCCAAUGGAUCUAGGGCACUGGGAAGUGGAUACGGAGUGAGGUGUAGGUCCUACUUGCCUUUGUGAAGCUACCGUACGACCUGCCUGCGUACGUGGAACAAAAUUGCUACGGAAAAGUUUGGUAUCUCGUUUGGGCGCGUACGUACGUGCAUAAAGUUAUGCAGGCCAACCAACGGUACAACAUGCCACCGUAGAUGAUGCUAUUAGCUAGCACGCAAAUAAACACAGUUUUUACUUCCAUCACCCAACUACCAAGAACGACAGUUUCAACUAAUAGUCGUUACCUUGUAUUUCGCUUUGCUGGCAAACUUAACAAGAAAUAGCAGUUGUGUUUCCGGCUUGCUUCGAAUGGUACAUCGAAUCACGCACUCCAUCUAUUUCCCCGUUUUCGGAGUCAUCGUGCUGCAACCUCGUUCCCAAUGUUGUAUGAUUUCACCACACAAUUUCCCCACAAAAAGUCGUACACGGGAUGUAUGAACACGGUGCGCAGGAUGGUCUUGUUGGUCAAUAUAUUCAUCGGCCAUUUGGAAAAACAUGAUCACUGGUAACCAUGAUGGACGCCAGUGUGUAAAUGAUUCGGCUAAUGCAAUGUUCAUAGCCUUUGCAGCUGUGCUGGUCUUAUUAACUUUGAUCGCAGAGUCAUUUACCAUUUCACAUUCUGUUUAAUAGUUUUACUUCAUAAAAUUGCGUCCAACAGAUCAAGCCUGUAGAUCCGUCUAAACACAAAUUGUCGACGUUUCGACCCGUACAUUCUGAAUGUCUUCAUCCACAGCAGACAAUAAAAUGCGCCACCUGCACAUCAUAGAGAUCUAUUAGUGUAGAUAUGUGUUUCUUACAUGCAUGGACGCGUAAGUUACGUCACUAUGAUGUAAUUUGUAAAUGUCGUCAUCAACAGAAAAUUUUGGAAUUUUCUAAUGAGAAUUCACCUAACAUCACAAGGUCGGACGUCCAUUUCAACAAGGGGAGAGCUAUACACUUUGAGAAUUUGACUCCAUGGAAACAGGGAGCUCAUGAUACGUCUUAUUCUUAGACUCCCUGGUGAGAUGUGAAAUAAGUAGUCAAGAAUUCCCAACGGCUAUAGCCCAUUGCGAGCAACGUUGAUAUGGACAUGACGUUUGGCGAAUAUAGCUAUACUUCAAAGGCUGGCAAAUUACUGCCUUAUGGUCAAAAUAAAAUCUCACUUGCUUUGGUUAUUAAAAAAAAAAAAUUAUUUCGUUUCAGUCACAGAGUGCAGCAAUUUUAAAAUGUUGUUGUAAGCUGUGGUUUUCUAAUGUAUUAAAGGUACGCAACCACAUUGCAAAUCAAGUAUUCAAUUUCACACAAAAAUGUGGUUCUCAGUGCGCUUUCACGUUGAACAAUAUUCGGUGCUUCGUUUUUGUUUUACAGUUUUUUCUUCUUCUGGUAAUCCAAUCGAAUCAAGUAUUUAUAGCCGAGGAUAGCGAAGGACGAAUACAGAGCAUUUUAAUUAGCCAUUACCGUGAAAAUGCUAUUACAUUCAGGCAUGCAUACAGGGACUAUUGCUUUGGAAACGCCAUCGAGUGUUGUGCAAUACAGACCUUUAUUUUGCAACGCCACAACCCGGGUUUUGGCCAACCGAGGU